AUGUCCGAAUUAAACCCAGUUCCGGUUGUUGAUCUCAGCAGAUCCAGGACUCACCGAUUGGAGGAGGCCAUGAACGUUGUGAAUGGUCUGGAGAAGGUCGGUUUUUUGUUUGUGGAUAAUAUCAGAAAUUAUUACCCUGAUCAGCUGAUGACCUGCUGUAAAUGGUUCUUUCAUCAAGAAGCAGCUGUGAAAAAUGACAUCACUAAGAAAAUUUGGAACAGAAAUAACAACAACAUCUACCGAGGAUAUUUUCCUGUCAUAGAAAACCAAGCCAGUAGGAAAGAAGGCUUUGAGUUCGCGAAAGAUAUUGACUGGAGUAGUGCCACAGUAUCUCCAGAUAACUGGUUUUAUGAAACAUCGGUUUGGCCCAAAGAAGAUGGGAAGUUUCCUUUUCGACAAUUUCUUAUGGAGUUUUACGACACCAUGCACGAGACGGCAAUGGAGCUUCUUCGUUUAACUGCUGUGGGUUUGGGACUUGAAGAAAAUUCUUUUACGGAAAUGUUUUCUUACAACCCUUGCUCCACAUUACGCCUUCAGCACUAUCCGCCAUGGGAGUGCGAACCACCAGGCACUGCGCGGACAGAGGACGGACGGCUGGUUACGACACCGGAACACACAGACUCUGGUUUUCUCACUCUUCUAUCAACGUUCUCAUUUCCAGGUUUGGAAUAUAUUUCGCAGAACGGUGCAUGGGUUCCGGUCAAACCUCGACCUAGGAGUCUCGUUGUGAACAUCGGAGAUCUGUUCUCUUGCAUGGUUGGAGGACGUUUCAGAGCAACGCGACAUCGUGUUAUGGAUAUUGCCAUCGAUCGCUAUUCUGUGCCUUUUUUCCUUGAGCCAAAUUAUGAUACAGAAGUCGAUUUUGAUUUAAUCAAGCGUAGAGCAGGAGAGGAGAAUUCUACUGGUAAAAAAUAUGGACCAUGGGUCAUGGCACAAAUGGCCAAAAAGGGUUUUUAUGAGUUCGCUUCUUUACCAAAAUUUUAA